GGCAGAGCAGCGGCGUCUUCUUCCUCUCGUCCCAUGACGUCACUGCUCGGAGGAUUAAAGAUGGCGGCCACAGGGACGCUGCAACUCAGCCGCUUCUCGGCGCUUUUGGUUCUUUUUUUGGCCGGGUUCGGCGUCUUAAACCCGGGAAACUGCGAUGAGCAGGUUCCGCUGAUCCUGUGGACCAGUGAGGGGGUCUCCCUCCCCGCUCAGUCUCCCCCAGCGGCCGGUCACGUGGUCGGGCCGCAGCAGCUCGCUGGUUACCUGCAGAGAGCUCUGAGGGCCGGCCCGAAGAACGUGGUGCUGUUCCUGCAGGAUAAGAUGAGUGUGGAGGACUUCACGCUGUAUGGAGGAGCAUUUGGAAACAAACAGGACAGCGUUUUCCCAAAUCUGGAGGACGCUCUGAUGUCCUCAUCUUCCCCCCUGGUGUUAGCGUCCGUGUCCUGGCCGGCCUCCAGCGCUGUGAUUGGCCAGCUGCAGGACCAGUUGGAGACGUCCCCUCUGUACAUGGACCCUGAGACUCUGAGCCAGCUGAGACUCAACGCGUCCUCGCCGGCGCUGCUGGUGUUCAGGCUGCCGUACGCCGGCGGUUCUGAUUUGAUGUCUGCCAAAGAGAUUCUCAGUGGAAACGAUGAGCUGAUUGGUCAGGUGUUGAGCACCAUGAAGACGCAGUCCGUCCCGUACACGGCCAUCUACACGGCGCUGCAGCCGUCCAGGGAGGUGGUGUCUCUCUCGAUGGACAGUGGUCUGGGCGGAGGACGUUCCCUCCUGCAGGCCCGAGGACAUCGAGAGAGGGAGCGAGAACGGGAGAGGCAGCGGAAGAUGAAGGAGAAGGCUCAGAUCUACGCUCCGGUGGAGUUUAAG